GACAGAAUCAGAGAGAGCGCCAAGGUGUGAGGCCAGGAGAGAAACACAGCUGUUCUGGAGAGUUUGAACUUCAGAGGAGGGAACACACAAGAUAGGAGAGAGAGAGAGAGAGAGAGAGAGAGAGCGAGAGAGAGAGAGAGACACACACUAAGGGGUGUGUCAUAGCAAUUUAGUUCCUCAAGGAAGUAUAACUCUACAUUAUCUUAAGACAGGGUGGCAGAUCUGACAGAAGCGCUGCAGGAGGGAUACUUUUUUCAGUUUUUUUGGUUCUGCUCGUGAUGAAGAUGAAGAAGGGAUCAAAUUAAAUCAACCGGCCUGUGCUGUCAACACAAAAGAGAGAGAGAGAGAGAGAGAGAGAGACAUCUGACAGAGCAGGAGGGAGGAGGACUCAGCAACUCAGUUCAGGCAACCAUGGACGCCUUCAGCUCCAAGGACAUGGCCUUGAGGGCGCAGAAGAAGAUCCUCAGCUCCAUGGCCACCAAAAGCUCCGUCCAGAUGUUCAUCGACGACACCACCAGCGAGAUCCUAGACGAACUGUACCGCGUCUCCAAGGAGUACUCGGGUAACAAGUCGGAGGCCCAGAAGGUGAUCAAGAACCUGAUUAAGAUCGCCGUGAAGAUCGGCCUGCUGUUCAAGAACAACCGCUUCAGCACGGAGGAGCUGAAAGUGGCCACGGAGUUUAAGAAGAAGCUGCACAUGGGGGCCAUGACGGCCAUCAGCUUCUACGAGGUGGACUUUACCUUCGACAAAGCAGUGAUGGAGGAGCUCCUGACCAACUGCAGGGAUCUGCUGCUGAAGCUGGUCAACACCCACCUCACCCCCAAAUCCCACGGCCGCAUCAACCACGUCUUCAACCAUUACUCCGACCCGGAGCUCCUGACCAAGCUGUACGAGCCCAGCAGCGCCUUCAGACCCAACCUCACCAAGAUCUGCAAAGGACUCAACAAACUGGUGGAGGACGGGACUAUAUGACCUAUAAACAAUUUUAAAAACCCCCACAUAGUCACACAGACACUGGGAGAUCAACGGGCUGAUGCAUCCAAGACUCUGUUGGACAGAAUUAGUCUUCAUGCUGCCGAGCACCGGCAACGUAAGACAAGUGAUUUAAGAACCUAACUGCUGCCACAUCGUUCUUAAAGAACAUGUGGGAUAAAAACAAAGUUGGUCGACUUAUUCCUCAAGUUUUUUUUACUUUUAUAGGCGAUAUAUAUACUGUAUAGUUGUAAUGUCUGUUCAGACAAAGUUCACAGAAAUCAAACUUGAAUAUAAACCAGUUUCUACUAUAUCAGAUGUUAUAUUAGAUUAUGAUUAGUCAUCUAAUGUAAAUACUUGAGACUUUGAAAUGUUUCAUGAACUACUGAUGUUGUGUAUUCAGAGGAGGAGGAGGAGUUAAAACAGCUGGAAAGAUUGCAUAAAGAGAACAAAGGGGAGGGAUGAUGCUACUGUAAUACUGCAGCGCCACCUGGUGGGCAGGACGAUGCUCAACUUGCUGUAUUUACUGGAGCAUCAGUAAGACAAUGCAGCCAAUAAUAAAGUGAAUUACCGCCACAGUGGACAAUUACUUACACCAACACUUUGCAGUGUCUUCAAAACAUGUUUAGAAGCAUGAACAAAAACACCUGAGAUGGUGUUGACUGAACGAGCUUCAAUGUUAAUCCUAUAAUUCGUGUUUUUCUGAAGAUUGGAUCACAGACAAUGGAUGUGAUUAAGACAAGUGUUAUUCUUUGGUUUUACAUUAAAAAGACAAUCAUGAAAAUAAAUAUCUUAUAGAAAAGUCAAAUGCUAAUACAGAGAAAAGUUAGUUUAACUAUAAAGUUACAGAAAGCUCUUUUGAAAUAUCAAGUGCUUUAGAGAGUCAACACAUAUUACAUACCUGCACCUAAACAUGGGAUCAAUACGUUUCUUAUAUUCUAAAGUGAACUAUACACAACUAAAAUGAACAUAAAAAAAAAGAAAAAGGUUGCACAUAAAUAAUAAAAAGAUUUCUUUUAAAAUA